CGCGCAGCAUCGGUGUAGGCAUUCGGUGGGCUGCCUGCCGCACGAGAUGUCAAUAUAAAGGCAACCAUACGAUGCUGCGCACCGUUUAGUACAAUUAAGUCCGUGAGCUGGUGUGGUGAACUGUAGUCGGGAUCGUGCAAAAUUCGAACGGUGUGUGAAUCGACCCUUCUAGUGCCUAGGGAAGUGCGUACUUUGAUCUAGUAGUUCGAGAUCGGCUCAACGGUCAACCGUCAGUUUAAACAACACAAUUACUUCAAAGACCAGUUGCAAACCAACCCAUCGCCUGCUGUCGUGAUGAGUUCGAUUUUGUGGUCCGAUUUGCUGCCCAAAGCACUGCAGCUACUAUCGCCGACUGCUUGGAUAGUGAUGCUGGGCGUAGUGGCUUCCGGUGUGAUUUUUCACCGGCAGCGUGCAGAGAUAGUGAAGCACAUCAAUCGCAUUCCCGGCCCCCCGGCUCUGCCAUUGCUGGGCAACAGUUUGCAAUGGUUGGUUGAUCGCGACGAAAUGUUUAGUACGAUCAAUGGAGCGCGAGUGCUGUAUGGACGCCGGCAAGGAUUUAACCGUGUCUGGGCCGGACUGAAACCGUACGUGCUGAUCUCGAAGGCAACGGCCGCUGAGAAAAUUCUUUCCAGCUCCAAGAACAUUGAGAAGGGACGCGAUUACGAUCUGCUGAAACCGUGGAUCGGUACGGGGUUGCUGACGAGCCACGCUGCCAAAUGGCACCAGCGUCGGAAGAUGCUAACACCGACCUUUCACUUCAAGAUACUGACCAACUUUGUCGAGGUGUUUAACAAACAGAGCUUCGUGCUCGUACGGCAGCUGGAGAAGCAGCUCAACAACAGCGAGGGAUUCGAUUGCACCAUCUAUGCGACGCUGACCUCGCUAGACAUUAUCUGCGAGACGGCCAUGGGGUAUCCUAUCCACGCGUUGGAAAAGUCUGACUCCGAAUACGUGAAGGCGCACGAGAAAAUUUCCGAAAUCAUCCUCGAACGCUUGCAGAAGUUCUGGUUGCGUCCGGAUAUUAUUUUCCGAUUUACCAAAGCCCACAGUGAGCAUGAGCAUUGCUUGAAGGUGCUGCACGACUUUGCCUACAGCAUGAUCCGCAAACGGCGUGAAAUGUACCGGCAGCGAAAGCAGGCAAUGUCAUUCGAAUCUGAAUCGUCCACGGAAACAGACAUCGAUGGUUCGACUGGCCAACGUAAGCAGCUCGCUUUCUUGGACCUGUUGCUAGAGCUGUCGGAAGAAGGAAAGAUGCUGUCCGAUGCCGAUAUUCGUGAGGAAGUGGACACGUUCAUUUUGGGCGGACACGAUACGACAGCGACGGCGUUAUCCUGGAUUCUAUACCUGCUAGGCACGGAACCAGCCGUACAGGAGCGCGUCUUCCAGGAAAUCGACGGCAUCAUGGGCGGCGAUAAGGAACGCUAUCCAACGAUGGCAGAGCUCGGUGAGAUGCGAUAUUUGGAGUGCUGUCUGAAGGAAAGCCUGCGACUCUUCCCAAGCAUACCGAUGCUAUCGCGUACCCUUGCCACAAGCGUAGACAUCGAGGGACACCACAUUCCGAGCGGAACGAAUGCCGUCAUCAUGCUCUACCAGCUGCAUCGCGAUCCGCAGUACUUUCCCAACCCGGAGAAAUUUAAUCCGGAUCGCUUCUUGCCCGACAACAGCACCAACCGUCACCCGUACUCGUACAUCCCGUUCAGCGCUGGUCCGCGAAACUGCAUCGGGCAGAAGUUUGGUGCGCUGGAGGAGAAGGCGGUCAUAUCGGCGGUGGUAAGGAACUACAGAAUCGAAGCAGUCCAACGUCGCGAGGAUCUGAUACUGUACGGUGAUUUGGUAAUGCGUACCAAAGGAGGUUUAAAGAUUCGUAUCCAAAGAAGAGUGUAGUGUGUGCGUGUAAGGUAGUUCGUUUGUAAGUGUGCAACACAAAGUUUCAGGUAACGUAACUGUCCGCAUAGGCGUCAAGCCGUCAUAAUGAAAAUAUAAGAAAAUAUUAAUAAAUGUCCGCAUUAACCUUUAUAUAAGUCAUGUAUGGAGUUUACUAAUAAAGCCAAACAAAGCAAUA